AUGAGUAGCCGGGACGAACUGCUGUACGUGGCGAGGAUCUGCGAGCAGACGGAGCGAUAUGAAGACAUGCUGGACUCCAUGAAGAAGGUGGUUGCCAUGGGCGGGGAGCUGUCCUCGGAGGAGCGCAACCUGCUCUCUGUGGCAUACAAGAAUUCGAUCGGUUCCCGUCGGUCCGCGUGGCGGGCACUGGCCUCAAUCGAGAAGAAGGAGGAGUCCAAGCACUCCAAGAACCUGGGGCUGCUCCGGGACUACAAGAAGAACAUCGAGGGGUAGCUCAACAAGUACUGCUCCGAAAUCAUCCAGCUGCUGGACUCGACCCUGAUCCCCAAGUCCACCUCGGCGGAGGGGCGGGUAUUCUACCUGAAGAUGAAGGGGGACUACUACCGCUAUAUAACCGAGUACACCUCGGGCAGGGAGAACACGCAGGCCGGCACCCAGGCCGGCGAGGCCUACGGGCAGGCCUCCGACAAGGCCAAGACCGAGCUCAAGACCACCCACCCCAUCCGCCUCGGGCUGGCCCUCAACUACUCCGUAUAUUACUAUGAGAGGUCAAGAACGACCCCAAAAAACGCCUGCACCCUGGCCAAGCAGGCCUUCGACGACGACGCCAUCGCCGACAUCGAGCAGAUCGAGGAGGACCAGUACAAGGACGCCACCUCCAUCAUGCAGCUCAUCCGCGACAACCUCACCCUCUGGACCUCGAGACUGAAGCACGGGGAUGACAGGGGCCUCAAGUGCCUGGUUGACCUGGUCGACCACGAGCCUCGAGUCCUGAGAGAACGCGUCACCGAGAUGCUGGAGCUGACAGGCUGGGGUUCAGCGAUGAGGACCAAGGGCGACCCCGACAGCGAGGUGACCAAGCUCGGAAUGGAGUGCUUUGACAGGGUGCUGAUGGCGAUGGGCGGGCACGGGCUGGUGGAUGUCUUGCUGCGUUAUGAUACUGGACUUGAUCGACCGGCAGGACGACUGGCGCUGCACCUUUACGGGAAGUGA